UGGACCCUCCAAACAGCACCAACACCUCAGCUGUCCCUUUGCACAACAGUACAACCAACUCGCCAGCAUCUGGUGCUGCCACUGUAACGAGUAACAAUGCAGUGCCUAAUGCAGUGGUAGCAGGGUCUGCUGGAGACUCCAAUACCCUGAAGACUUCAAUGACUGCUCAUCAGCGCAGUCAGUCUCUUUCAGGACUUCAGCCUGGUGAAAGUCCCAAGCAUCAGGCAAAGACAACAGGAGAAAAAACCCCAGCAGCAACAACUGUAGUCAGUGCCAUUCCAGCAGGUUCAGCAGAAGCUCAGCUAAAGUAUGAAAAUGACCGACUGAAGUUGGCUCUUGCUCAGAGUUCAGCCAAUGCGAAGAAGUGGGAAAUAGAAUUAGCAACACUUAAGAAUAAUAAUAUGCGACUUACAAGCGCCUUACAAGAAAGUACUGCCAAUGUGGAGGAAUGGAAACGACAGUUACAUUCGUAUAAGGAAGAAAAUCAGAGAAUGAAAACAAAAUACAUUGAACUUGAGGCUGCUAAAGGAAGCACAGAAGCUGCUGCAGAGUUGCGAAAAGAGUUACAGUCAUUACGUUCACGUGUUGAGAAUUUGGAACAGGAGCUGAAAACAAAGGAUGAAGAGCUGAAGAGGGUUUGUAAACUACAGUCUUUGCCAGCUGAUCAACAGUCAUUGCAGAGUCGUUCUCAGGAUGAACGCUGCAAGAACCUGCAGCAAGAGAAUGCAGAGUUGCAGGCUGCUGUAUCGUUAGCACAGGCACAGCUGGAGACUGCUCUUUCAGCUCAGGAAUCACAGAAGCGUGUUCUGGAGACACUAAAUGCACAGCUUGCAGCACGACUACAGGAACUGGCUGGGAUUCAUCGUGAGAUUGCCACAGCUCUACAGACAUGAGAGGAGGCUCAGAGUAUCCCUUAUUGGUCAACUGUGUAACACUCUUCCACACCUCAGCUGUCAUGAAAAGGUGAAUAAACAAAGAAGCGUAAGAGACUCCAUAUUCAUAACCGAAAUAUUGAAGUGUGGUUAAUGAAUUAUGAAAGAAAGGGGGAAAAAAAGCAAAGUAGAAGGAAAAUGAUCGUGUUAAAAAAGAAAGGAAAGAUGAAAGUCAGUAGAGUUUUCUCUUAUUCAAAUGGAAAUGAGAGAGUCAGUUUUGUUUUACAUACAGUGAAUUUUUUAAAUAUAUGUAGAAUAAUGAAACAUUGAAAGUUUGCAUAUAAAAUUCAAACCACGCUUAAUAUGUUAAUGUUUUAUAGAUGUUACCAUGAAGCUGAGAUGACCAUUGAGGCUGUUUAAGAAUGGUUGAAAUGCUGUGUUAUAAAAUUGAGGAAGUGUUUAUCCACCCCACCCCACCCCCAGUAUAAUGCAAAUGGAGCAGACUUGUACAUUGUGUGGAAUGAGAACAUAAAGAACUCCUAGUGUGAAGGUUUGGCAUAUACUAUAGUUGCCACUCUUGCAGAACUUCAGUUGUAGGUUUG